UCUACCCCGAAGCAAAAUUACUUCAACAUUCCCCAACAGUUCUAACAGCAGCAGCACUUACUCAUUGCAAACAAUUCAACCCCAGAACUCACUCGCAAGUACACGGCUCAGUACCAUUCUGGACACGCGCCCGUAACGACGCGACAAUCUCAGCUCAGCCCGGCUCAGCUGACUCCAACUCUGGCGUUAGCGAUGACUCAUCCGCGACCGGUUUUACUCGUGCUGGGUGUGCUUGCCGUAGUGCCGUUACUAAGUGCUUACAAUGUGUCUCCGGUGCCGAAUGUUGUGUUUAAUGCGACCAAGGACGGUUCUUACUUUGGUUACGCGAUACACCUGAAGAAGGACGGACUGUUUGUUGGAGCUCCACGGGCGGAGUCGAGCCUGCCGAAGCAGCGCAAGAUCGCGGAACCUGGAGCGGUGUUCAGGUGUAAUGUGAUCGAUGGAAGCUGUGUUCAGUACGAUCAGUUGGAUAACAGGGGGCGGGACACGCACAUGAACAAGUCCGGGCAGUACUUUGGGGCCAGCUUGGACGGAAUAGUGGACAGAGAAGAACUGGUUGGUUGUGCGCCGCGGUUCGUUUACGAAGACUAUGAGGGUAGAGAAGUUUCGGAACGAGCAAUGACUGGGAUCUGUUACGCUAGAAUGAAUAAUUCAACGAUAACGUUGAAGGAAGCUUUUGAUUCGCGGAAAACGAAAUCUAUCUUCGAUUAUUCAUCGGAGGGAUUCUCCGUUCACAUGGUACAGGGAGUCGAAAAGGGUUUGAAGAUCAUGUCCGGGCUACCGUUGCACGACUUUUCUGGUGUCGUUAUUAUUUACACCGGAACGUUCGGAGCCGUUCUACACUCGGUGCAGGAAACGCCCGGAGGAUACUUUGGGUACAGCGUAAAUUCCAUGGUGGUACAAAACAAGACCGUCUAUGUGGCUAGCGCUCCACGAUCCAACGGAAGCCCAGGGAAAGUUUUCAUCUUUGAAACCAAAGUGGCGAACAAGAAACAGCUCGAUGCUCACAAUAAGGUGGUUCUAGUAGGAGAUGAGAUCAGAGAUUACUUUGGGUACUCGCUGUGCACCGAGGAUAUCAACGGCGAUGGACUGCCGGAUGUACUUGUGGGAGCGCCGUACUAUUCGAAGAACUCUCGCGAUGACCAUGGUGCGGUGUUUGUGUACCUCAACCGAGGGUUCGCCUUGAACGGAACUCUGAAGUUUGAACGACAGUUGGUGCUGGCUUCAAAUUAUACCAGGAGUGGACACUUUGGAUAUUCGAUUGCGUCUCUGGGAGACAUCAACAAUGACGGAUUCAAUGAUAUUGCUGUUGGAGCACCUUUUGAGCAGCACGGUGGAGCAGUCUACAUCCAUCAUGGUAGUGCCACCGGGAUCUCUUCAAAUCCAUCACAAAUCUUAAAGAUCUCUAGCUCAAACGAAACAAGUGCAAUGUUUGGAGCGGCACUCACCAGAGCAGUGGAUAUUGAUGGCAAUUACUACGGAGACAUCGCCGUUGGAGCACCCUUUGCGGAUCGGGUCUUUCUGUUCAAAACGUAUCCGAUUCUUCGUCCGAUGGUUAGCAUGAACGCGACCAAAAGCCAGAUUAAUCUGAGAAAUGUGAGCUCUGGUAACGAUACGGUAAUGGACGAAUUCGAGCUUGGGAUCUGCUACCACUAUGAGAUUGUCGGGAACAGUAGAAUGGAUCAUGAAUAUGAUUUUGAAACAACUCUAUCGUUAGACACUCAAAGUUCAGUUAGACGUGCAACCACUGAUAGCGAUCUUAAGCUGUUACGAUUCUCGACUAAAAAGCAGUGCAUUCGCAAGAAAAUCACAGUGAACACGUCCUUUUACUACGUGGACAUCCCAAUCGUAUUCGGGCUGACCUACAAGUUGAUCAAUCAGAAAACCACUGGCGAACAGUUCUGCGAUAGCUGUGCUAUUUUUGAAAAAACCUCAAAUACAGUCAAUUUCGUGAAACAUAGCGUUGUGUUCGGAAAAGAAUGUGAUAACGACGAUUGUAGAGUAGAUAUGAAACUGUUUGGUGAACUGAGAAAUUUCAAUACUUCAUUGGUGGUGAACAGUACAAAAACGCUGGAACUGAUGUAUAGAAUCACCAAUAUGGGAGAUGUCGCUUACGCUACCAAACUCAACGUACACUUUUCACAAUGUGUGAAAAUUUUGAAAAUGAACGGAUACUGCGAAUCUACGGACGUUAUCAUGACCUGUAACAUCAACAACGGGCGAGCACUGCGGAAUAACACCGUAAUAGUUGUUAACGUAACGCUUGAUGGCUCAACUUUAAUGGGUGAUCAAUUGGUGAUCACUGCUCAGUUAUCGAGCAGCGGCAAGGAGAUCGAGGAUGCCGACAACAGACAUACGCAUACGAUUGAGCUGAAGCGAUUCAGUGAAGUGGAUGUGCGAGGACUAUACAAUCCGUCGUACUUCGACAUUGAUAAGCAAGACGGAACCAGCGUUAUCAAAUCAAAGCUGAUUGUGGAAAAUUUGGGUCCAUCAAACAUUCAGAACACGACGGUCUCUGUUUUGAUACCGGAAACGUUCGACAACGGAGCGAGAUCGUGUCCUCUGAUAGAGUCGGUUAAAUCUGUCAAGAUCCUCAACGGAGAGCAAGAGUUCACCUUCAGUUCAACCCCCACAACCCAUUCCUCAACCUCGCAAAACAACCUCAAACCCUUCAACGAAUCCUCGCACUCCAACCUGGACUUUCUACGCAACAAGCAAGAAGUGAUCCUCAGCUGUCACCAGGCGUACGUGCGCUGCCGAAACGUGACCUUCUUCAUCGCCGAUUUUACCCCCAGUCCGGACAUUCCGCUCCAGAUCGAACUCGAACUCGACGUUCAACCCAAAGCCCUUCUCAAGCUCUUCCCGGACGAGGACAACACCCUCGUAUCCCUCUUCGUCACGGUCGAUUUCGUGCAUGCCCAAACCGAAAUCCACCAAUCGACGCAAGGCAGCAUCGUCUUUUAUCGAACCGGCUCGGGAGUUCCCAUGUGGGUCUACGUGCUGUCGGUGCUGCUGGGGGCGCUUAUUCUGGCCGUGAUUACGCAUCUACUGCACAAGCGCCAGUUUUUCAAGCGUAUGACGCAAUCGGACAUGGAGGAGAAGCUGACCAGGGAGAACUCCAAAAAGGUGGCCUACACGGACGGCAGCGUCAUGAUGAUCUGUGACUCUACGGCAAACAUUCUGGCGUGAUAUUAAACUACUCAAAAAGAAGCAACAAACCCCAGUGAUCUCUAGUGAAUCAUACAUACAUCAGU